CUUUCCGCUCAAGGCGCUUGAACUGCUUCUUCCAACUGCACAGCUUGUCCUUUUGCUCAGGCUCGCUUCGAAACCUCGGUGCUUCCGCCCAAAUCCUACGUCGACACACUCGAUCCUCAUUCCAAGCAUACCAGUCCCGGGACUUUGGUCCUUUACUUCCCCCACUAUCCGCUCGCACUGGCAUUUGACAGCUUCGGCGCCCGCGAUCAUCCCCGCCUAAAGCUUCGGCAUUCAAGCCAGUGCCAGGCCUGUUGACAACCCAUCAUCGACCGCCAUUAGGCAGUUGAUGCAGGCAACAUUCGCCCGCCGAGGCUCUUACCUCAGCCUGGUCGGCAGCUGAAGGCUCGUCCACCGUUGAAGCAGGCUCUGUAUGGUAGGAGGUACUUUGACCUUAACAAAAGACCUUCAGAAGUUCGGCCUUGACGUUUACGGCCACGCACCCACAGUACUGGUAUAUACGUACAAUAAUCGCCUCGACACUGGGCCCUUCGUAACAGUUCCUGCUUCACGUCUUCCCACAUCAAUCCAACUCUGUUCCUGCAUACUCUCAGACCGAGCAACUGUCCGGCCUCUCACUAGGACCCGACCAGCGCUGAUCCUCUUUUUGACGCUUGGACGUUUCCGGUACUGGGCCUCGACUCGAAAGAACCGCUCGUACUUUUGACACAGUUCAUUCGCCACCAGCUUCAGUCCGAUGGCCAUGUGGCCGCCAGGUCGGCCUUUUACAGUUCCCAUCCACACAGGGCCUGUCGGUCCACCUUAUUAUGUGCAUGAUUCAAUUGAGCCUGCUGCCAGCAUUCUAGCCACAAAUAUCACGAACCCUACCAAUGGCCGGCUUCCGUACCAUGAUACACCGUCCUCGAACUCGCCUGUCUUGGCACGUCGGAAGCGGGCUAGCAAACCAAAAGUACGAACGGGCUGCAAAACAUGUAAAAUACGGCGCAUCAAAUGCGAUGAAACCAAACCAAGCUGUAAGCGAUGUACCUCGACGGGCCGCAAGUGUGAUGGGUACGAGUUCCCCAAGGAGACAUCAGGGAAAUCAGCCUCUUCGUCCACAUUGUCGCCACCACAGCGUCCAUAUGUGACUGUCCGGCACCUAUUUCAACCCGACUCCAUCUCCAAGCCGAUUCAAGGCAACACCCAAGAGCGUCGCAUAUUCCACCGCUUCCAAUACUGUACGGUGCCGGCAUUUGCCGGUGGCUCUGAAUCCGGUUUCUGGACCAAGCUCGUGCUGAAGGUGGGCCAGGAAGAGCCUGUUGUCCGCAACGCCAUCAUCGCAUUGGGAACGCUACACGAGGACUAUCAGGAUCGGUGUGGCAAGUACUCGCCCCAGUUGAUCGAGGACGAUAGCCACCGGCACGCCUUAUCCCUCUACAGCGGAGCCCUCCGUCAACUUAACCAGCGACUGAACGAGCCAACGAAGACCAACGCCAAGCUCGCCAUCAUCGCGAGUAUAUUAUUCGCGUGCUUUGAAGUUCUUCGUCGCAAUAACAUGGCUGCGGUCAUUCACUAUCAACAAGGAAUGAGAGAAUUGAUCCGCCAGAUGAACCUUCCCGACGGCGACGAAAGCUCACUGGCGUCAUCGGGUUCUCAAGCGACUUUCCGUGAGAUCCCGGAGAACGAAAUGGACGAGCUGUUGCGCGUUUUCGCUCGCUAUGACAUCCAAGCUUGCACCUUUUCGAAAGACCGCGCCGAGCGGUUAGCAACCCACCUGACCUUACCUCGAGUACUCCCCACCGAUCUCACGUUGUCACAAGUCCGCAACCACCUUGACAAUCUGUUGGUGUCCGUGUAUCAGUUGGUCAAGUCUGACCUCCGAAUGUACCGAUACUGGGAUGCAGACCUCGUACCUUUGGAAUGGCGUACUCAGACGCAAGAGGCAAUCACGACUUUCGAUGCUUGGAUGACGGCUCUGGAAAAUUUCUUCGCGUCCAAUGCAGAGCACCUAGUCAACGCUGACAUCAAGAGCCUCCUGGGAAUGAGGUUACAGAUCAAGACUGCUGUUAUAAUGCUCAAGAUGUGCAUCGACAGCGGGCCGGAAAGUACCUUUGAUGAGUUCAAGGGUGACUUCGAAGACAUGGUGUCCAAGGUCGAACAGAUGACCACGGCUCUCAGCAUGGCUGAAGCUAUGCCUUUGGAGAUUGAGUUUACACCUUUUACCAUGGAGCUUGGGAUCGUGCAUCCCCUGUUCUUUGUCGCCUGCAAGUGUCGUGACUGGCAGAUCCGGCGUCGAGCAAUUGCCCAGCUGAAGCGAGCUGGCAAAGAGGGGGUCUGGGAGGGGCCAAUCAUGGCCGUCCUAGCGAGAAGGAUAAUGGAACUGGAGGAAGAAGGCUUGUCACAGGAAGAGGUAGUCCCCGAAGCGCAAAGAUUUCAUGAGAUCAAGAAGAAUGUGGACUACGAAAACCGGCAGAUCAUGAUGGAAGCCACAAAGGCACUGGACGCGACGUGGAAGAAUUUUACGUUCCAUCGGGAGGCUGUCCCGUUUUGAAGCGUUUGGUCUCGACGAUUAGCAUGGCGCUUUGAUACAGUACGGAUAGUAGAGACCCUCUGGCGUCUGGAGCAUGCUCAGCAUGGGAUACUGUACAUACUGUGGUAGUGGCACAGUGGGCACUCAGGAUCGGAGAAUUUUUUAGUUUUG